GCUCCGAGCUCCGGGGUCUUCUUUAUGGGGAACUGUUGUAGCUCUUGGCUGCUUUCACAUUGCAUAAGAAGAACUGUGACCUUCAUGCUAAAUAAGCAUGAGAAGCAAAAAGCUCGUAGGUUAAACGUGACACAUGCAGCUUGAUGUGAAACUACGCUAGCACUCCAAAACCAGUGCAGGAUGAACAAGUCGUGCUGUUAGUUAUUUGCUGGGCUCAUCCUUAUCAGGAUCCGUAAUCGCUUGCUUGCAUAUCAGCGGCCGGAGCUGUCUGGUUUUACACAUAAGAAGUCUGCCAUCGAUCGCAUCCUGGCACUGAGCAUUCUCAUUGAGCGCCAGCGUGAAUAUUGGCAGAGGUUCUGUGCCACCUUUGUUAAUUUUCGUGAAGUGUUUGACUCGAAUUGAUCGAGUUGCCCUAUGGGACAUCCUGAGAUUUCACGAGAUUCCCCAGUAGAAUCUGGAUGUCACGGCCGUCCUGUACACUGGUACGCAGGCUUUACCAUUUUGGUUCUCUGUGUUACCUUCAUCACAUCAUUUAACGUCAUAUUCCAAAGCGAUGUGGAAUCAGCAUAUGCGAACCUCCACAGAACUGUGAAGUGUGUCAGCACCUCAUGGAACAGCACGGGCUUCAAAACAGGCAGAAACACGCGUCUCUUCUUGAGGCUGAAUGACUUCAUCUGGAGGUACAUUCCUUCCAGUUUACCGCUGCCUUACGGCACGGAGCACAGUGAGGACACGCUGAAGAUGAUUUUGAGCGCUAUGUCGAGCUUUGACAUGCCUGAAAAUUCAAACAGACUGGACUGCAGAAGCUGCGUAGUAGUUGGGAAUGGGUAUGGAAUCAAGGGCACCUCCCUGGGGGACACCAUCAACCACUAUGAUGUGGUGAUCAGGAUCAACGAUGCUCCCGUGAGAGGUUUCGAGAAGGAUGUAGGCAACAAGACCACCAUGCGCUUCUUCUACCCCGAGUCGGCGUCCCAAAACCCCAGUGUUGACAACGAAGCAGACACCCUCAUGGUGGUCAUACCCUUCAAGCCAAUGGACCUGAUCUGGCUUAGGAACAUCCUGUUUGACGAGAAGAGGUCCAGGAAAGGCUUCUGGAAGUCUCCGCCUCUGAUGUGGCUGGCUAACAGAAGUAAUUUGCGUAUCCUGGACCCCUUCUUCAUGCGCAACACAGCCGCUCAGCUGCUCCAGGCCAGGUUCCGAUCGAAGACGAAGGAUUUCUCUCUCCGGCCAACCACAGGGAUUCUGGCGAUCUACGUGGCCUUGAAUUACUGCGACAUGGUUCACAUCGCAGGGUUCGGCUAUCCACCAAUACAAAACCUGACGGCCCCAACCCACUACUUUGGAAAAACUGUUAUGAAGUCUAUGAAGAAUUCUGGUCAUGACGUCUCCUACGAGGCAAAGGCUUUGAAGAGACUGGAAGACUCUGGUGCGAUCGUAUACCUUCAUCCUCACUGAUAGAUGUGUCCCAGACUCCCACCACAGACUAGGAGACAUAUAAUAUGAUGAUGCCUUUUAUUGAAUGUUUUUGAACAUGUUUCUUGAAUGAAUUUUUUUUUGCUCCUUGCACGGAUACGAAGGCUGAUGUAUUGGGAUGUGUAUCCAAUCAUGCUCUGCUUUGAGACACACAAAGCGGGGGGGAGGGGGGGCUCAUGGA